AUGGACAUACAGUUCGAGGCACCGCCGCAGCUGCUACAGACGCCCGCAGCUCCAAAGGCCGACAGGGAGGCUGAGCUGCUCAGGAGGCAGAUCUUGCGCGAGGAGCGGAGGCAGAGUAGACUUGCCACUAUUGAGAAGUGGCAGCCGACAGUAGACAGGGAGAGGAGAGAAUGCUCUAGAUGGCUGGAUCAAGGGACAAGCAAUGGCGUCAAGCAGAUGGAAGAUACAAGGAGUAGUCAGCAGGAGCUCUUGGGAAGACAGAUCAGGAUGACCUGGGAGGCCUCACGCCCCACGGAAGAGCAACGGCGCAGUCGCAACAGAGUCAUCAGAGAUCUUCAGACAUUCUUCGACGAACAUUGGCCAGGCCGCGGACUCCAAGUGGCCUCCUUUGGCUCAUCCGUCACCGGCAUGUACAAUGCCUUGUCAGACAUCGACGUAGUCAUCCUCGACCCCUCGCGGCCUUUGGGAGUGGGUCAGCCUCCAGACGCCUUGGAUGGAGAGUCCGAUGCGGAAGUUGACGUCACCGGCGAGCUGCCAGAAUGGUACGAUGUGAGGACCAUUGCCAAGCUCAUGAGGAAGUGGGCAGGCAGGAGAUGGCAUCAAAUCGUAGCAAUACACGGCGCCAACGUACCCAUUGUCAAGUUCAACGCCGGUCCUCUCAGUGUAGACGUCAACAUCAACAACCGCUUCGGUCUCAUCAACUCCCACCUCAUCAGAGCUUACGCAGACCUCCGCCCGCUCCUCUUCCGGCCCCUGUGCUACGCCGUCAAGCACUGGCUCAAGAGGCGCGGGCUGAACGAUCCCAGUGGACAAGGAGGGCUGGCAAGCUUGUCAAGCUACUCGAUUGUUCUCCUCGUCAUUCAGUCCCUCCAGGCCUCUGGGGAUCUGCCAAAUCUCCAGUCCUCUAGCCUCCUGCGCCACUUUGAAGCGCAAACCGAGUACCAGUGGCAGGCGCCAAAGAGGGUCAAGAGAAAGGUGGGGCAGCAGCCUCAGCGCUCUGGUGUCAAUCAAACAACCCACCCAGACCCUGCAGGCGAGAUGACAGCAAUCAACGGGACACUCCCCACUGAUGGCCCACUGCCUAAUGGAAACUCACUGCCCAACGGAAGCACGCUCCCGAAUGCUUCAAUUGAACGGCAACUACCCCCUCGAGACUACGUCCCCAGCAAAUACGACGUCACCUUCUUCGACCCAGCCAAGCGUCCCCCACACGUCAGACCAGUAGAGGGCAUCGGCACGCGUAGCUGGGUCAAUACCAAAGUCUAUCCUCACGUAGCAAGCGCCGCUAAAGGCCCCACUGCAAAGGCAGAUCAGAAUGUGGAUUGGCCUGCGCCGGAAGAGUCGGGCUUGCAUCUCAUUGAUGCUGGUCGCAAGGAAGUGAGCAAAAAUGAUGCAGCAAUGGGAGCCAGAUUCCUCGACUUUGUCAAGUUUUUUGCGUCGCUGCCGAAGCGGCGAUGCUACGUCAGCGUUGCACAGGGAGCACCUUGCAUCAUUCAUGGACCGUCAAGUGAUGCAGACACGCAGGGAGGCCAGGAGGUCACGCUGCCUUCAAAUGGCACUGUUCACCCUUCUCCCGCUCCCACAAAGAGUACUCUAGCACCACCAUCGCGGCCCUCCUCGAGCUCAACAGAAGCCAGCGUGCGCACUGCCUUCUCCCAGCUCAAAGUCUCAACUGACGGCCCUUCCCACCCGGUCGAAUGGUCCUCCUGCCGCCUCGUCAUCCAAGACCCCUUUAUCACCGACCGCAACACCGCCAAGAACGUCGGCAAGAUUGUCGCUGACCGGCUAGAGGUGGAGUUCGGGCGAGUCGCAGCACUCUACCGUCUCCGCCCUGGUCAGCAGGGGGAGGAACCCUCGGAGCCGGUGCUCUUUGCGGAUAUUGCACUCCCGCUCGAGUACGACGAGGCGGUGCGUAUUGAGGCUGGGGAAGAGUCGGGAGAGGGAGAGGACGCGGGGAGGAAGAGGCGGAGGGGUCCAAAGGGGGGAAAAAAGCGGUAUAGAGGCAAGAAUGGCAAAAGCGGCGGAGGCGGCGAUGCAGUCAAAUCGGGUCAAGCCCCAAGGCCGUUGACGGCAUGA